ACUGGGAGGGAUACACCCGUGACUGCCUCUGCUCCAUCCCACCAUACCCCCAAGACCCAACCUUUGCCCCCCCCCUCCCCGCCGCCGCCGCCGCCGCCACCACCCCGCCGGCCCGGCCCGGCCCCGGAGAAGAAGGACCCCCCUCCCCUCCCCUCCAAUCUCAUCAAAUCUCCAAUCUUUUGGCCUCCCAUUAAUCUUCCCCAGCCCCGCAUUAAUCUCCUUCCAUUCCAAACCCAAAUCCGACCCAACCAAACCAAACCAAACCAAAUCCGAUCCAUCCAUCCAUCCCCAUCGAUCCAUCCGCAAGCCACCACCCGCUGGCCGCGAUGGGGACGGAGGAUCCCGAGCCCCAAACCCUAGCCGCCGGGGAGCUGGUCUGGGCCAAGACCAAGGGCCGCCACCACUGGUGGCCAGCGCGCCUCCACUCCCCCUCCACCCAAUCCCCCCUCGUCUCCUCCCUCGGCGCCGAGUACUCCGACGACCACCGCCCCGCCGCAGCCGUCAAGCCCUUCCUCGCCGCCCCCGACGCCGACGCCCUCGCCCGCGCCAACACCGGCCUCGCCUUCAUCGCCGCCGUCGCCCACGCCAGGGCCACCGCCGUCGAUAUCCUCUGCGACGCCCUCACAUGCCCCUGCGCGCGCGACCCCAACUCCCAAUCACCCGACAACAAAGUCGUCAUCACCACCGUCGCCAACCUCGACCCCCGCGACUUCCUCGCCGCCCUCGCCAGCGCCGCCGUCGACCCCCCCGCCGUCGGCCUGCUGGACCACGCCCGCCUCAACAGCUGGGUCCGGGCGCUCGCCCAGGGAUGGGGCCCCGACCGCUACCAGCGCCGCACCCAAGCCGAGCUUGCUGACAAGAUUGACCUCGACAUGCUGGCCGAGGACGGCGCCGCCUCCGAAGACGAACACAAGGAGGACAACAAGGCCGUCCCGGUGCUGCUGCCACACAACAAGACACCCAACCAGAGGAGGAGGCGCACCAAACCCCCACACAUGGACAAGGAGGAGGAGGACAAAGCCGUGCCACACAAGACGCCCAAGCCAACGAGGCGCGCCAAAGCCGAAUCCGAAGAAGAGGAGGAGGAGGAGGAGGAGAACCUCAGCGGCAAUGCCAGCACCCAGAAGAAGGAGGAGCAGAGCGGCACUGCCCGGUCGGGGAGGCGUGAGCGCAAGAAGAGCAAGUAUCUCUCGCCGCCCUACACCAGCAUCGGCAUCUUUGCUCUUGAGGACAAGUCCCCCGAUUCGCCAAAGAAAUCGCCCAUCACCGGCGCUGCUAACAAGGAUGAGAGGAAGAACAACAAGGGGUCACCACCAGAGGAGAAGCAGCAUCACAAGAAGAACAGCAAGGUGGUGCCACCGCCGCCGCCGCCGGAAAAUGUAGGCGCACAGGAGGUCCUGCUGCUGGUGCGCUGCUUCGGGGAGGACGUCUCUCACAAGAGGCAUUUUCCCAAGGCCGCAGAGGACUUCCUUGGGCUGCUUAGGAGCUCCGUGUUUGCCGAGGGUGCUGACCAUGACUCCUACCGGGAACAUCACUGUCCAGUGGCCAAGAAUGCUGGUGCAGACGUCCCUAUUGCUGGCCUCGUUUCUGAUUCAGGUGCUGCUUUGAAACAGGGCAAGGGUAAGCGUGGCAGAAAGAAGAAGGACCAGGAUGGCACUGGCGAUUCUUCUGUCAAGAAGAACAAGGCGGAGAAGACCUCUCCCGUGGACGCUCUUGACUCUCCAGCGGAGAAGAAGAAAGGGGAGAAUGUUUCUGAGAAGAAGAGGGGCCGAAAGAAGAAGGAGCAGGAUGGAACCAAAGGCUCUGUUAUCAGGAGGAAGAAGAUGGACAAAACCUCCCCAAAGGCAACUCUUGGGCCUGGCUUGGUUAUCACUCCCGCUAUUCCUAUCAGGCAGGUUAGUGCUGAAGAUAUCAUGAGCCAAGUGAAGUCAGCAGGCACGGGAGCUGGGGUUGCUGAUCAGAAGAAGAACAACUUGCUGGUGUCCAAGAGCCCUAUUUCAGCCAUAAUGUCUGGAGGUGUAAAAUCAAGAGAGGAGCAGGACCAAGCAGGAGACGGCGGUCCAGUCGUUAAUGCACAAGUGAAUGCUUCAUCUGAGGAAAAGAAUGAGGAGGGUACCGUGGAAGCAAGUACUGAUAUGAAUGUGGAUGCUCUUGACGGAGAUGUGCCUUCCCAGGGUGCCCAUGCAGAUGUUUCUAUGCUUGAAACUGAUAUGAACGUGGAAACUGAUAUGAACGUGGAUCCUCUUAGCGGAGAUGUGCCUGCCAAGAGUGGUGCCCAGGCUCAAGUGACUAUGCCUGAAGCUGGUAUGAAUGUGGAUAUUCUUAGCGGAGAUGUUCCUGCCGGAAGCGCCGCCCAGGCUCAAGUGACAGUGCCUGAAACUGGUGGUUUUCAGGUAGACAUGAAUGUGGAAUGUGUUGGUGUUGUAGAUGUGCCUGUCGCAGUUGUCCAGACGGAAGCAAUGGACCUGGAAGCUAAUAUUCCUGUGGUAGAUAUGAAUGAACAAGUUGCUGCUGUGGCAGAUGUGCCUGCUGCUACAAGUGGUUUGUUGCUUCCUACGUCCCAGCCUGCAGCUGGAAACAAAGACAGCGCAAGUGUGCAAGUGCGUGCAGCCCAAGAGUCCUACACAUCUCUGAUUCAGGCGAUGCUGCCGGAACCAUACAAGAAAGUGGAGGAGGUGUCUGCUGGAACAGGUGUCGUCGCGGCGCCUCAAGGUGAGGCUCAAAAGGUUGAACAGACUAGCCAGAAGAAGGCAGUUGCUGAUGGAGGAGCUACUUUUGCAAACCAUUCUUCUGCUGCAAAAGGCACUAGUGCUACCAAUGGGACCCCCUGCCCUGAUGCACCCACCUCUGGCCAGAAGAGGAGGAACAAGAAGCCUGCAGCAUACUUUGCAAACCCAGCAGAGAUCCGGGUGAAAUUCAAGGGUGGCACCAUGAUCCCGACCAAGGAUGAGCUGCUCUCUGAGUUCCGCAGGUUCGGCGUCCUGGUGGAGUCGGAGUGCGACAUAUCGGAAGAGCGCCGCGAGGCCCGCGUGGUGUUUGGGAAGAGCACGGAGGCGGAGGCGGCCUACACCAAGGCGGAGAUCCCAGGCAUCUUCGGGCAGUUCGGGCCUCCCUGGGCCACCCUGGGGCUCAACUACCUGGAGGCCAUCACGCUUGUGCCCCCGGCUCCCAAGCCCCCGCUGGCUCGUGCUGACAUGAGGAAGAACGUGGAGAACAUGAUCUCGUCCCUGAAGAACGGGCGCUCUUUGCCCCUCAACAUCGGAGCGGCGUUCCCGGCCGCCGCUGGAGGAGGAGCGCCCGUGUCGGAGAGCCUCCUUGCUGAGAUGCAGCGGCUCCUGUCCAAGCUCGACAAGACGCAGCCGCCUCCUGGGCCUUCGGGCUCGGCUCCGCCGUCGUAGGCCCCCCCUUCCUGCCGUAGUGAGGGAUGGAUGGAUGGAUCUAUGGGGCUUGUUGCUCCCUAGCUAGCUACUAGUUAUUAGUGAAGUUGUUUCUGUUUGGGUCUAGGCAGGCAUGCACGGACACACGGACGCAUAUGCUGGAUGAAUGUCUUUUGUUGAUUAUUAUUAGAGACGAUGCUGCUGCUGUUGCCUUAGCUUUAGCUUUAUUUGGAUUGGAGCUGUUGAUGAUGAAGUGAAGUGGAUGAACUAGUGACCAGUUAGUUGUUGAUGAUGGAUCAUAAAACUGUGGAUGAACUUGACAAUGUUAUUUUGUCAUCAUCAUCAUUUA